ACAACGUUCAUAACCUAAUAAGCAAACAACCCAGUCAAGUUUAUCUACACUCGUAAAUAUGGCUGAAGAAACUAGAAAAUCCCUGCAAGAUUUGCUGACCAAAGUUAAUGGCCUCUAUUGUAUACUCAUCACAGACCGAGACGGCGUACCUCUACUUAAAGUGAGCUCCGAUAAAGUCCCUGACCAGGCAACAAGACCUAAUAUUAUUUCAACUUUUGGACUGGCAGUCGACCAAGGUAGUAAACUAGGAUUAGGGAAAACCAGCACUCUUAUCUGUUCUUACUCCCAAUACCAAGUUAUUCAGAUGAAUAGAUUACCACUCAUCGUCACGUUCAUCACCAGCGAUUCGUGUAACACCGGACACAUAUUUGAAUUGGAAAAGCAACUGAAUCCAAUCAUAUCUGAACUAAAUUUAGCUGUAGCAGAGUCUUAGUAAAUUAAGCACAUACUAAUAAUGUAGCUUUUAUUAAACAGUAUAAAAUAUAUAAUAUUAAAAUAA